GCAUCAUUCCCCAUGUAUCGAUUAUUUCACAAACGCCCAAUGAACUUUGUUGUUGUUGAGCCAAUAAGCAGUCUACAGAAGUAACCAGGACGUAACAGAACUGAGGAUCGGUACUCCCCACAAAUGUUUAAGUAAAAUAAGUAAUUCGCGAUUUCCGUACGGCAUCGACGGCUCUUCGAAAAUGACUUCUCAGACUUUCAUUCCUUAUGUCGCCGAAAUUUUGCCAAUAGAAAAGAAGUGUCAUAGCGUUGGAGAAAUAGAAAAAACCGGCACUAAUUUUGAGAGAGACAAGAAGGAAGGUCUUUUGUUGGUAGCUAAACCUCGUUUCGGCGCGUCUAUUCCUUUUGAUCCUGCAGCCGAAGUGUCAAACAUUAGAUCACAGCAAUGCCUUGUGAAACUUGGAAACAGCAUGGCAAACACUGAAGCCCUGAGAUCUCGUUUCGUGGCUCCGGAUGGAGGAUAUGGCUGGUUUGUGGCGUUCGGAGCAUUUUUAGUUCAAUUCUGGAUCGCUGGAUUGAUCAAAUCAUAUGGAGUGAUUUUUAUGGAAGUCAUGCAGCUUUAUCCUGAUGCAAGCGCUUCCCUGGCCUCUUGGAUUCCGGCAAUUUUGUCUACCCUUUGCCUGGUAUCCUCUCCCAUUUGUAGUGCACUUUGUCGAAAAUUUUCGUGCCGUGCGGUUGUUUUUACGGGUGGACUUCUUUGUUGGAUGGGUGUUAGUUUGAGCUAUUUUACAACUAGUCUCCAACAGUUGUGUCUUACUUUUGGAAUUUUAACAGGGCUCGGAGCUGGAUUGGCAACAACUCCAGGUAUAAUUAUGACUUCUCGCUAUUUCAACAAGAGACGAGCCCUAGCAAAUGGUCUGUGCGUUUCUGGUACAGCUGUUGGCAGCAUGUUGCUUCCUCCCUUACUAGAAGUCCUGGUACCAGCAUACGGAUUUAGAGGUUCAAUCCUCAUUCUUGGAGCCUGCAUGCUUCACAUUUGUUUGAGCGCUGCUCUAUAUCGUCCUAUAGAAAUUCACCAAGCCAUAAUGGAAAGCGUUAUGGGAAUGGACAUACCUACCAACCUUGACGGUGUACAUGUUGGCGGGAUCGAUCGUGAAGUUCACGUUCCUGAUGGACGACCUGUAACCAUCAAUGAAGAUGAUAUUUCAUUGGUCCACAGCAAUCGUAAUAACGUCUUGUCAAACAAUUUCCCACAUAGAUUAAGCGUUAUUCACAGCAUCGAGGAUCUAAGUACCAAUUCUACAGUUAUUUACACAGAAAAUAUUCCCUAUCCGAAACCUAAAAGUCCUGACCAGUGUCUCACGGAGAAAUUCGUUCAAACUGAACCGCAAAAUAGCCCUGUUAAGAAAUUGCGCCGAUUUAAACUAUGUUCGAUCACGAACUACAUCGAUUUAUCCUUAAUUAAAAAUCCUUUGUUCUUGCUUAUGGCCUCAACUGUGAUGUUGAUGGCGGUAGGUUGCCCCCAUGCUUUAUUCUACUUACCUUCGUACGCCAACUCUCUUGGCUUAGAAAAAAGUCAGUGCAGUUUACUCUUGUCUAUCAGUGCCAUUUUCGACCUCAGUGGUAGAUUAGGUCUUGGCUAUAUUGCCGAUCUAAACCUUUUCUCUAAAUCAAAAGCUUACAGCGUAAGUAUGCUGACUGGCGCGAUCGCUGUUCUAUGCUUGCCGUUUGCGACAACAUUUGCGUCUUUCGCUGUCAUCGUAUCCUUUUACGGAUUUGGCUUGGGGAGUUGGUUUCUACUGAUUCCUGUAUUACUCAGCGAACACCACGGAACAGAAUCCAUCGGUUCAUCCUACGGACUGGUUCGUCUAUUUCAGGGAGUUAUUACCUUAGUUGUACCACCUUUGGUUGGGUAUUCUAAAGAUGCUACCGGUGACUAUGUGACAGGUUUCUAUUUUAUGGGGAUAUCGAUGAUGACAGGCGCUAUACUUAUUAAUUUUAAGUCGAUUGUUUUGCGUUUAGGUAGACCACAUCAAAGUUCUUUACCAUAAUAAUGGCUGUUGUCUGUAAAGGAACAGAGAUAAAUAAAUGUACGUAGUUUGUGUUA